AUGCCUAACACAACCAUUGUAACUACUUUUCUUCUGCUGGGUUUUUCCGACACUUGGGAGGAAAAUGUUUUGUACUUCACCCUUCUUUUAGUCAUUUACUUGGCAGCCUUGUUGGGAAACUUCCUCAUCAUCUCAGCUGUUCUUAUGGACCUGCAACUUCAUACACCCAUGUACUUCUUUUUGGUGAAUUUAUCAGUCGUUGACCUUGGGUCCAUAUCUGUCACCAUCCCCAAGGCCAUGAUCAAUUCCCUCUUGAACACCAGAGAGAUUUCAUAUGCUGGGUGUGUGGCACAAGUGUAUUGUUUGUUCUUUUUCUUGAUAUCAGAUUUGUUCCUCCUCACGGGCAUGGCAUACGAUAGGUAUGUUACCAUUUGUGACCCACUACACUAUGAAACAGUGAUGGAUAGAAAGACCUGCAUCCAGAUGGCUGCUAGUGCAUGGGUGGCUGGUCUUAUUUAUUCAGCCUUACACACCGGAAGCACCUUUGCCAUCACCUUCUGUUCCAAUGUGAUCAACCAGUUCUUCUGUGAAAUCCCACAGCUGCUGAAAGUCUCCUGUGAUAACUUGUACCUCAUUGAAGUUGGAGUUGUUGCUUUCAGUGCAUUUAUAGUUUUCUUUUGUUUUGGGUUCAUCAUUGUCUCAUAUGUGAAAAUUUUCAAGUCGGUGCUCAGAAUCCCCACCACUCAGGGGCGGAGUAAAGCCUUCUCAACUUGCGUCCCCCACCUCAUUGUUGUCUCUUUGUUUAUCAGCUCAGGAAGCUUUGCCUACCUGAAACCAACUUCACGAUCCCCUUCAGAUCUGGAUCUAGUCGUUGCUGUAUUAUAUUCUGUGGUGCCUCCUUUGAUGAAUCCAAUCAUCUGUACCAUGAGGAACCGGGAUAUCAAAGCUGCCCUUAGGAAAAUGAUUCAUUUUGGUGUUUCUUCAAGGAAGAAAGCAAGUUUUACCCCAAUCAAUCUCAUUUCCAUGGUCAUGGGGGUGAAUUUUGAAAAUACAAUGCACUUGUAUAGGAAAAUGUCACACUGA